UUAUAAAUAUGUAAAUGAAAGUAUAUCAUCAAGGUUAUGAAGUUGUUGCAUUUUCCGUUGAAUGUAAUGUAUAUAUAUUGAAGUUCAUAAAAUAUAGAUGCGAAUGUAUAAGUAUAGUGUUUGUAGGUGUGAGUAUUUAUAUGUUGUCAGUUGUGAUCAAAGUGUAUGGUAGUGAAUUGUAUUGUCUGAUUUAUCGACAUACGUGUAAAUAAAAAUAAAUCUAAAUAAAUAUUAAUAAAUAAUCUUCGAUAAUUAUUAAACAACAAUAAAUAAAUAAUAAUUAAUUUAAGGUAAUAAAAAUAAAUAAAAAAUGACAACUGAGGAAACUUCGUGGCGAACUCAGACUUUCCGUCAAAGUGUUGUUGCCAAAAUUGAAGAGGCUGUUCAGAAAAGUGGAAUGUCUCCUGCAAAAAAUAGCAUUGAGAUGGAGAAUCAUGUAUUCCAAAAAGCAAAAACAAAGGAAGAGUACUUGGCGUUUAUUGCCAGGUUGAUAUUACAUGUCAGAGAAAUGGAUACGCGAAAAAAUGCGGGAGUAGCUGCAGCAGGUGUGCAACCUGGAGCGCAAGGUAUGCCGGAUCCAAUCGGAGCACUCCAAACACUAGCUAGACAAGGAACUGGUAACAAUAACCAGGUUAUGGGUAUGGCCGGAGGACCGAACCCUCAGAUGGUUCCACAGCAAGCUGCCAAUGCUGCCAGCAGUCUGCUCCAAAGUUUGAACCAACGACCAGGAGGAGUUAAUCCUGGAGUAGGGAUGAGCAUGCAAAAUAUGCAGAACAAAAUGCCUGGAAUGGGAAUGAUGGGAGGCCAAGCUUCGAUGGGACACAUAGGACAAAUGCAGAGCAUGCAAAAUGCUCAGAUGAUCAAUCAGAUGGGUCAGAUGUCUGGCGGGAUUAGUCAGCAGAUAAAUCAAAUGGGUCCCGGGCAAAUGGUUAAUCAAAUGGGACCUGGACCGAUGACUGUUGGACAAAUGCAGCAAAAUAUUCCUAAUCAAAUGCAAGGACAGAUGCAAGGACAAAUGACCAACCAAAUUGGCGGGCCGAUGAACACGGGAAUGCAAUCAGUACCGCAAGCGAUUAAUCAAAUGGGUGCUGCACAAAUGGUUCAACAAAUGGGACACAUGCAAAGAAAGCCUGUCGAGAUGAUGAAUGCUGGGUUCCCUGGUCCAAGGAACGUUACUCCGAAUCAGUUUCUGAGACAGAGUCCGUCGCCCUCAGCUCCUAGUCCUGCCAGUCUUGGAGCUCCAACGAGUAAUCAGAUGGUUGCUUCACCAGCGCUUGUUCCUUCGCCGAGUCCCCAACAUCCUAUGAUGGCUGGACAAAGAUCUAUUGGUAUGGCACCUUCUCCGAGCAGUUCUUUGAACACUCCGGCUGGUAUGGGAGCUACUCCGAGUCCUCAGGAAGAUCAGGCGUACAGAGAGAAAAUUAGACAGCUCAGUAAAUAUAUUGAUCCUUUGAGGAGAAUGAUCACUAAAAUGGGAAGCGAAGGCAAUAUUGAUAAGAUGAGUAAAAUGAAAAAAUUACUAGAAAUUUUGUCGAACCCUACAAAAAGAGUUCCAUUGGAGACUAUAAUUAAAUGCGAGGUAGUGCUGGAAAAAAUGGACCUCAAAAGGGGAGAAGGAAGUGUUGGACCGGUGGUGACUUCGAUGAAAGAACACCACAUUUUUACACCGCUACUGGAAGCUGUGAGUGCGAAUCUCCAGAGCCCGAUGGCGAAUCACACGCUCCAGCGAACCUUCGGGCCCUGUUUGGAAGCGCUUUUCGGCCCGGAAAUAAAGAACUUACCACCGCCGCUGAAGAAGCAAAAAGUCGAAGAGUCUGCUAGCGAGAUUCCGGACGUUCUCCAAGGCGAGAUCGCUCGCUUGGAUCAAAGAUUCAAGGUGAGUCUGGAUCCAGCUCAGCAAAACGGCUCCAAGUGCAUCCAAUUGAUCUGCUGGCUCGACGACCGACAUCUUCCCUGUGUUCCUCCAGUCUCGGUGACCGUGCCCUCGGAUUACCCUCUGACGCCUCCUCGCUGCGUGAUGGCUCCUCACGAGUACACCACCGCGUUUCUCAGUGCCGUCCAGAAAGCUCUCACUACCAGAAUUACUAAGUUACCGCGACGGUUCUCCGUCUCGCAGCUUCUUGACACCUGGGAGAUGAGCGUCAGACAAGCCAGCGCUCCCACUCAGACUUCCGUCGCUGCCAACGCUGAAAUUAUUGGUCUAUAAUUAUUUUUAUUAUUAUCAUCACCGUGAUUACAAAUUAGUCAAUUAAUUGUAUAUUUAUCUCAAUUGUCAAAUUUAGAAUCUCAUUUUCAAGUAUUUAAUAUUGUUAAUAUUUAUUAACUUUUGUUUCUUCACGUUGUGUUCGUAUCAAAAUU